AUGAGGAAUAAUUAUUCUUUAAUAUCUCAAAUUUUGACAGAGGCUGAAAUUAUGGAAUUAGGUUUACAUGGGAGUGUUAUGAAACAUUGUUCUUCUCCUCACAUUUUGAAUAAAAAAUAUUUCAUUAAAAUUUGCAUAUACUAUUUGUUAAGUACCUUUUUAUUUUUUCUUGUGUAUAUUACCAUAUUUAUACUUGUGUUGACUAGCGAAAAAACAGAACUUAACAAAACUAUUAUACUUGUCAUUUACGUGUAUGUAUUUAUCUUCUUCUACAUCGACUUGAUCAUAAGUAAUAACAUCCAGUAUGACUUAGUGAAAAGGUAUAACAUCAGGGAGGUUAGGAAAAGGAUCUACGAGAAUUUUCUGGCAACAUCCGAAGGGGCAGCAAAGGAUGUACUAAUAGAUACUGGUGAAGCAAGGGAUGUACUAAUAGAUACUGGUGAAGCAAGGGAUGUACUAAUAGAUAGAGGUGCAGAAGGCCGUUUGGUAAUGACAGAUGCGAAGGAAAUUUUAGAAGAAGUUGCAGCUAGGGGUGAUUUGAAAAAAAAUGGGAAAGUGGCACCACACCCGGUGCAGAUAAAUAAAAGAAAAGAGAAGAUAAAAAAACUGUUUACGAAUGAGAAGUAUUACUUCAUAGAGGAUGAUGGUGGUUAUGAUAUGGAUAUGAGGCAUGGGGAAAGAAGAAGAGGAGAAUCCAGAGAAGUGGAUUUAGAAGACUGGGAUGAAAAGUUCUACCAUUUGAGAGAUUUAAGAGACGUUAAUGAAUGUAUAAAUGAUGAAUUGAUGAGGUACAUUCAGUAUGAUAAUAAUAACUAUACUAUAGACAGCUACAGAUAUGAUAUAUUUUUAAUAAUUUCUGGUUUUAUUAACCAAUUAAAUAUUUUAUUUGAUUUACUAUUUUUAUUUUAUGUCUAUGAUUAUAGCCAAAAUUUAUUUUUUGUAUGUUUAUUUGUUUAUUUUUAUUAUUUGGUUCACUUUGUGUUUCUCAUAAAAUAUUCCAUCACCAUGAUACAAUCACUCCUUGUCAUAUACAGAAAGAGCUUAUGGCGUUCUUAUAAGAAGGUCACGACUCUUUGUACCUACUGCAUGUCCUCCGUCUGCCACCGCUUGUACAACCAACCGUUGAACGAUUACAAACCCAAGUUAUUUUUUAACAAAUAUACAAGUUAUAACAGCUGGAGUUUGUUUUACACCCAUGGAAAUUCCACAAGUAGAAAAUCAGUUACAUUGAAGAUGCUAAAGAUAUUAGAUACAGGUGACGACACACAAUGGAUGAUAUCAAAUGAAAGCAAAUCAAUUGACAGCAUAAUAAAUAUUGAUGAUAAUAUUCAAUUGUACUAUCCAGAUAAGGGGAAAAUGAAGAAAAUAAAACAAAAGAAAAAAAAAAUAUAUAUAAAAAAAAAUAAAAUAAAAGAUAUGGAUGAAAAAAGUUUCAUUCGAAAAGAGGAUCAUAUCAACAGAGAUUACUCAAAUGUGAAUCAACAAAAAAAUGAAUGUGAAUUAGCACUCCUUCCGUCAUACGUUCAGAUUAUUGCAGAUAUGUCCUUUUUUCUUUCGCAUUAUCACAUCUUGAAUAUUAUUAAAAAUAAAUUUCUCUCUGCGAAGAAUGUCUACAAUCAUAUGAACUUCACAUUAAUAUUCUUUGUAUGGAAAAUCCUUUAUAUGGACGUCGUUCUGUUUCUGCUGAAAUUUUUUAUUUUAUUUUACACGAAUGACAUUUUAGCAAUUUCCUUUUUUUUGAUUAUUUCUCUAACGAACAUUGCAAAUUCGUAUAUAAUAAAUUUGGUAGAUAAUAAUUUGAUGAAUGAUAUUAGUUCCAAUUAG